GGGGGGUAAGGGUAGAAAAGAGAGACACUGAGACCAGAGAGUUUAGAGCGAGCGAGAAAGGGUUUUCGGUGCAAAGCCAGAAGGAGAUCAUCAUCAUAUAGUGACCUUUUUCUUCUUCUUGCCUGCGCGGCGGAACGUAAUCCCAGCGAGGUACGAACCGUAUCGACCUUUUUCAGAUCUGAGCGUCCCAGAGAGAGAGAGAGAGAGAGAGAGAGAGAGAGAGAGAGAGAGAGAGAGAGAAUGAGCGGGAGAGGAGGAGGAGGAGGCGGCGGCGGCGGCAAUGGUGGGAAGGGAAAUAAUGGGGUAACGGCAAUCCCGGCGGCGUCGAGGAAGAUGGUGCAGAGCUUGAAGGAGAUUGUGAAUAACUGCACCGAGCUGGAGAUCUAUGCUGCUCUUAAAGACUGUAACAUGGACCCCAACGAGGCCAUUAAUCGCCUCCUCUCCCAAGAUCCCUUUCACGAGGUGAAAAGCAAACGAGGAAAGAAAAAAGAGACUAAGGACCCAACAGAUUCCAGAUCUCGUGGUGCUAAUAGUGCUUCCAAUCGUGGUGGUAGGGGUGGCACAGACCGUCAUGUUGGACGUGGUGGUUCAAACCAGUAUGGCUCUACUGAGUCUGGUAGUUUACAUGGUAAACCUGCCUACAAGAAGGAAAAUGGAACACAUGCUUAUGCAGGUUCUUCACCUUCUGCAUCCAGUAUGGCAGGAAAUAACAUGAGUCGGCGACCUCCAUUGUACAGUGAUUCUGUAGCCAUGGAAAAUAAGAUGUCGACAGUGGACACAAGUGAUGGCAUAUCUUUAUCAGCUCAGCCUUCUGGAUUUCAGUCUCCCUGGUUGGGGGUGCCAGGUCAUGUGUCAAUGGCAGACAUUGUAAAGAUGGGUAGGCCACACGGCAAGGCGUCUAAUGUGUCCAAUCCCCAUAUUCAAAACAAUAUUUUGGCAACUUCUUCUGGGGCAAUACUUCAUGAUUCACAUUCAUUGCAAGAUCAUGCUUCCAAGGUUUCGGACAUAAAUGCUGAGUCAGGACUUGCCACAAACCAGCACCUUCCUCCUGCUGAUGAAUGGCCUGCAAUUGAGCAGCCACCAGCUACUACUGUGUCCUCUGUUGUAGGGGAACCUUCAUACUCUGAGCCAUAUGCAGAUCCAUCGAAUUUACCCUUGGGUAGGGGUAGUCACCAUACAAAGUCCCAGUUAGAUGAGGUCCAGGUAGCAGAGGAUUUGACUGUGGAGGUGCUAAAUGCAAGCCAUGUUGGACCUGCUUCUGUGUCCAGUAGAAGUUUGCAUGAGGAGAAUUCUGGAAGUGCAUCUGUCUUUGAUAAUACGUCAUAUAACGACAUGAGUUCCUACCAGCCUCACAAGCAUGCUUUGGAGCAUAAUGAAGGUGACAACAAUGAUAUCAACGUUGCUCUGGCCUCUGAAGAUGAUAUUUCAUCAGUGGCUGCAGACAUGCAGCACCUAAAUUUACAGAAGGAUGAUCAGAUAGCACUACCUGAAGAGGAUAACCCUCCUGUAAUAAUUCCAAAUCACCUCCAACUCCAUACGUCAGACUGCUUAAACCUGAGCUUUGGGAGUUUUGGAUCUGGCAACAGUGCCGCCUUUUCUGGUUCUGGGUCAUUUGCAACUAGGCCUUUGAAAAGUGACUUGGAGGAGACAUCUACUGCACAAGAUGUUUCAUCAAUUGGGCAUUCAGAAUCUAGGCAACCUGAGUAUUUUGGGGAUGAGCAUAUUGGAACCACUUCAGAUGGAAAUUUAGUUAAUAGAAAUGGUGGGAACAGUUCAAAUUAUGAUUCUCCUUCUGUUUCACAGCCAGAGGUGUUGAAACAGCAGACCCCUGAAGUUGCUCAGGGGAAUCAAUAUACGUUCCCUUCAUCUGCACCUGAUUUUACAUAUGAAAGCCCCCAACAAUUCAAUGCUGCAUUUACUCACCCACAGACUAGCUCACAGAUGCAGAAUCUUGCUUCUUUCUCGAGUGUAAUGCAGGCAUAUACAAAUUCGUUGCCCGGCACUUUGCUGGCUUCGACCGCUCAGACUGCAAGGGAGGAUCUUCAAUACUCACCCUUUCCUGUGACACUAGCAAUGCCCACAAAAUACAGCAAUGUGGCUUCUAUCAGUGGCCCAACCAUUUCCAUGCCAGAGAGUUUGGGAGCCGGUAAUAUAUCUACACCUCUGCCUAAUCCACAGACACUGCCUGGUGCCAGCGUUGCCACAGGACCUGCUCUUCCACAACACCUUGCCGUGCACCCUUAUUCCCAACCUAAUCUUCCUUUAGGACAUUUUGCCAACAUGAUAGGCUAUCCAUUCAUGCCUCAGAACUACACGUAUAUGCCCUCAGCCUUCCAGCAAGCAUUUGCUGGUAACAACACUUACCAUCAGUCUCUGGCCACAGUGCUACCACAAUAUAAAAACAGUGUUUCUGUCAGCAGUUUGCCUCAGUCUGCUGCUAUUGCCUCUGGAUAUGCAUUCGGGAGUUCAACCAGCAUUCCUGGGGGAAACUUUCCUCUGAAUCCACCUGCUGUACCUACAGGCACAACUGGUGGCUAUGAUGAUGUUAGUUCUCAGUACAAGGAUAGUAAUCAUUUGAUCUCACUUCAGCAGCAGAGUGACAAUUCAGCCAUGUGGGUUCACGGGCCUGGUUCCCGAACAGUUUCUGCGCUUCCAAGCACAUAUUACAGCUUCCAAGGGCAGAAUCAGCAGCCUAGUGGAUAUCGGCAAGCACAGCAGCCAUCACAGCAUUUUGGUGCUCUUGGGUACCCAAAUUUCUAUCAUUCUCAAACUGGGUUAUCAAUGGAACAUCAGCAGCAAAACCCUAGGGAUGCAGCCCUUGGUGGCUCCCAAGGUCAACCAUCUAAGCAGUCUCAACAGUUAUGGCAAAACAGUUACUAAUCUCUCAGUGACCUCCUGGUUUUUCAGGGUCUUGUAAUGAGUGUGAAAAAAGGCCAAUCACAGGCAUUCCACGGCCUAAUAAUUUCAAUGUUUCAUUAGUUGGUCUGAAGAGACCUCGACUGGCUGCUGGCCUGUGCCACUGAGGUUGUAUUCUACUUAUUUGUCUUUUUGCUUAUGUUUAACCUAGGAAGACCGCUUGCUAAUUUGAGUUAGUGAACAAAGUCGAUUCUCUUUCA